GCCGCUGCCGCUGCUACCACCCUGCCACUCUGCUGUUCUCCUGCCACCUGCCGUCCGCCGCCCGGCUCCCAACUCGCGGUCACUUGCGGCUCGCGGCUUUUGCUCGUGUGAUCCUGUAGUCAUCCCCCGGUGGGACUCAUCAUGUAGACGGUGUUGUGAAAGUUUGUGUUCGGUGUUUUAAACUUUGGUGUUUUAUCACAGACGUGAGCGGUCAGGUGUGUGUGGUGCUGGCUGACGGACACACUCAUCACCAGUGACUGAAUUUUCUCACUUACUGUGGGAGUGUGAGAAGUGAGGUAGAGGCGAGGAGGGGGUUGGGGGGAGCCCCAGCUUCUGGCCCGGCCCCCCCACGGCCCACUGGACCGCCUAGCUGGAGCGGUCCAGCAACACCUGUGCUAAAGGAAAAUAAAUAAUAGUGGGCAGCAGCAACACUAGCGGUGUACAGUAGUGGUGAGUUGUGAUUGUUGAGUGUUGAGUCAGUGAUCAGUGUAGAGGCGCGCCAGGACGCUUACAACCAUGACACACACACGAGGAAUGGUUCUAAUAGUAAGACAAGUGUGCAGGAACUAGCCAUCACCUGCUGUGUGUAAACAAUACCAGGGUGAGGAUGGUGUGCGGGGGAGCCACACCAGCAGCCGUGUCGCAGGAGCAGCAUAACCACGUGCACUGGUAGCUCCUGCCGCAGCGGAUCAUGAUCCGGGCGUCCCGACACUCCUUGGGGCUCACAGCCCCCAGGGACGCAUCUCCGUGGCGGGUCCUUACAGUCGACGGACCCCAGGGAUCACCGUCCCCACCUCCGGUGAGUGGGGUAGUGGGCCAAGUUGAUACGAUCCCGGCGACCUCCUUUGACAUGACUACUGACGCUUCCGUCGUCCUCCCAGCGCCACUGACCCCAAGCUCAUGUGAAUUCGGGGCCGAGUGCCUGUCUCAGGUCACGGGUCGGACCACAGGUGGCUGGGGGCAGGAAUCACCCCCAGGAGACGGCACGGAAGGGGGACGGAAGAAAACCGGACUCCGAGGAAGGUAUCGCCACCUUUGGUACCGGCGGGGGCAGCACCUACUCUCAUGUGUGUUGGUCGUGCUGCCUGCCACCGCCUCCUGCCUCACUCACCUCCUGAGAGGUCGAGGUUUACUAAAAGGUCGUGGCCUCUUGUUGCUCCUCUUACUCCUAGAGGUCACGACCCUGACCCGGCUGACCCACGCGGGCAAAGCCGACAAGGUCAAGAUGGUGGACAUCCCCGGCGACGUAAUCUUCGGAGGAAUGUUCCCCAUGCAUGAGCGAGGCGUGGACGAGCCGUGCGGGUCCAUCAAGGAGGAGAAGGGCAUCCAGCGCAUGGAGGCGAUGAUGUACGCCCUCGACAUGAUCAACCAAGACCCCGUCCUCCUGCCCAACCUUACCCUCGGGGCACUCAUCCUCGACACCUGCUCCUCCGAUACCUUCGCCCUCGAGCAGUCCAUGGAGUUCUUCAAGUCCUCCAUCAAUCAG